AGACGCAGUCACUUGCGCCAUUGAACGCGAUCCAUUGAAACAAGCACCGUAACCACGUGCGAGUGUGCGACGAUUGCCGGCAAUCCACCACUGACGUGACUCACCCUCCGUCGUAUACAAUCUACGUCUCUCGUCUCUUCUUCUUCAACCGCCACAUAUCUCCCUCUUGUCGAUCGGAUUCCUCUUUCGGAUUCUCGAUGACGGUAAAAACUGUUAAAGUCAGUAAUGUUUCCCUAGGAGCAACCGAGAAAGAUCUUAAGGAAUUCUUUUCUUUCUCUGGUGAUAUUGAAUAUGUUGAACUGCAGAGUGACACAGAGCGGUCUCAAAUUGCAUAUGUUACCUUCAAGGAUGUACAAGGGGCAGAAACUGCGGUUCUUCUCUCGGGAGCAACCAUAGUAGAUCUGUCAGUCACCAUAACUCUGGCAGAGGAAUACAAGCUGCCCCCCAAUGGCUUGGCACCCCCUGAAACUGAGAAAGAAACUCCUGCUGGUGCCCAGUCUGCUUUACGGAAGGCAGAGGACGUGGUUACUAGCAUGCUUGCUAAGGGCUGUAUCUUAGGAAAAGAUGCUGUCAAGAGAGCAAAGUCAUUUGAUGAAACGCACCAGCUAACCUCAACUGCCUCUGCUAAGGUUUCUUCUAUUGACAAGAAAAUAGGGCUUAGUGAGAAGAUUAGCGUUGGAACUUCUGUUGUGAGUGACAAAGUCAGGGAAGUUGAUCAGAAGUUCCAGGUAUCAGAGAAAACAAAAUCAGCAUUUGCAGUAGCUGAGCAGAAAGUUGGUACUGCAGGAUCUGCCAUAAUGAAGAACAGGUAUGUGUUAACUGGAACGUCAUGGGUCACAGGUGCGUUCAAUAGGGUAGCACAGGCAGCUGGGGAUGUAGGCCAGAAGACGAAGGAGAAAGUGGGGACAGCGGAAGAUGAACAGAAAAGGGAAAUGGUUGAUGACUAUGCUCAGGUUCAUCUCUCAGAUUCACCUAAAGCGUCUGAGCAAACUUCACAGCAUCCUUCAAAGCCUGAACCUGCUCAAGGUCUGAUCCUCUGAUUUCUACAAAGGAAGACUUCUCUUUCGCUCAAACUCUUUCGCUUGAUGGUUUACUUUUUUUUUCCCCCUUCCAUUUGAAGCAGUAGGGAAUGUAAGACCGCAUGGUGCAGAUUAGUUGGAUAUUAUUUCGGUUCAUGCCAUGACUUUCCUUGAUAAGAUAUGUUAAAUAUAGUAGAUUCUUAUGAUUUUGCCUGUUUA